ACAACAACAUGGCAGACUUGGAAGAUAUCCGAACACGUGUGCGGCUAAAUGAAUACAGUUUAUCUAAUACUCAGUCCACAGAUUUCCCUGGGAACUAUCCUGAUUAUGAUGAUGCAUGGAACCAAGUCAAGUUUGAAGAGAAUUUCAGAAUCAACAUAAUAAGUAUGACAGAUUUAGAGAUGGAGUUUGACAUGGUUGGUGUAGAUGCAGCUGUUGCCAAUGCCUUCAGAAGAAUAUUAUUAGCAGAGGUGCCCACAAUGGCCAUAGAAAAAGUGUUUAUUUACAACAACACCUCAAUUAUCCAAGAUGAAGUUUUAGCACACAGAUUAGGUUUAAUCCCAAUAAAAGCUGAUCCAAGGUUAUUUGAAUACAGACAGAAAGAUGACACAGAAGGAACCCCAGAAGACACCAUAGAGCUUGAACUAAAAGUGAAGUGCACAAGGAACCCUAAUGCAUCAAAGGAUGCCACUGAUCCUGAUGAAAUAUACAGGAACCACAAAGUGUUAACCAAACAAAUGAAGUGGAUACCACUUGGGAACCAGGCAGAGAUGUUUAUGGAUAAUGACAUUCAUCCAGUCCAUGAUGAUAUUCUAGUAGCCAAACUAAGGCCUGGACAAGAGUUAGAUUUAAAACUCCACUGUGUUAAAGGCAUUGGUAAAGAUCAUGCCAAGUUUUCACCUGUAGCAACAGCAUCCUACAGACUGCUUCCAGACAUAACGCUGACAAAACCAGUUGUGGGAGAAAAGGCAGAAAGACUGCAGAAAUGUUUCUCUCCAGGAGUUAUAGAAAUAGAAGAAGUUAAAGGUCAGAAAGUUGCUAAAGUUGUGAAUCCUAGAAAAGAUACUUGCAGUAGAGAAGCGUUACGGCAUGAUGAUUUGAAAGAAUGUGUUCAAUUGGGAAGAGUGCGGAAUCAUUUUAUUUUCUCAGUAGAAUCCACAGGAAUUCUUCCACCUGAUGUUCUUGUCACAGAAGCAGUCAAGAUAUUGAUGGCCAAAUGUAGGAAAAUGCUGUCAGAACUGGACAAAACACAAGUUGAGACAGAAAAAUAGCACAAGUCUGCAUAUCCACAUUGACCUGUGAAAAGCGUAAACUUGGAGGAGGCAAAUGUCCUUCUCACUCCUCAUCUUCACUGAUUUGUUUCCACUUGGAAGUCAGUCAUGAGGCUUUACGUG